AUGUUGGAAGAGCCGCGACGACAUGAGCCAGUUUCUAUAACUUCGCUGCUCCAUAAACUGCUUUUAUCGUGUACCGUUCAUUCCUUUAUGGCACUCUGGAAUUCGGUAAGUGUUCAAAAACUUAGCAAAAAGCUAACAACAAAAAUAUUAUGCUGUUGUAAACAUUUUUGGAACAAAAGCGUUUGAAUUCUUCUCAGCCAUUCUUAUUUUUCUAGAUUUUCAUUUCGAGCCAGUUAUCAGGAACAGGACCAAAGAAAUGGAAAAUCAAGGAUCAUGGUUCAGCAGAACUCUUCAUGACCCUUACGAGCCUUGCUUCACACAAUUCUUUGUGAAUGGGCAACCACCGUUUGGUCUACGGAACAAUUUAAACCCCAUAAAAUAUAUCUGUCAGCAAAUACCAGGGAGUCACAGGGUAUUUUAUGGUACAAUGUUCGAUGGAGACGCUGGAAUAGCAGUUUAUUCAGCUUACAAGUUAGCAGCAAAUUUUGAUGGCAAUGGAGCAGGCCAGGCAAGAUGGCAUCAAGAACCAGGCAUUUUAUCGGAGACAACGAAAUAA